GACUGAAAAGCUCUUGGUAAUACAGCUAGCCUACCUACUUGAGCAGCAAACCAGUUCAGCUUUGAAUUUCUUGCACUAGAAAACACUGUGGAAACAAAAAUGGAAGUACCGAUGGAUCCUUUAUUUCUCUCGUGGAGCUAUUUUCGGAGACGGAAGUUUCAGCAGUGUUCUGAUAUUUGUACAAAGAUAUUGGAGGACAGUCCCUACGACCAGGCCGCGUGGAGCCUGAAGACGCGAGCCCUGACGGAGAUGGUUUACAUUGACGAGGUGGAGGUGGACCAGGAGGGAAUUGCAGAGAUGAUGCUGGAUGAGAGCUCCAUUGCUCAAGUGGCCCGCCCAGGAACAUCGUUAAGACUCGCUGGCACCAGUCACGGAGGUGGGCCUACUCCUGCCGUCAGGCCCAUGACCCAGUCCGGACGGCCAAUCACAGGGUUUGUAAGGCCCAGUACUCAGUCUGGGAGACCAGGAACUAUGGAGCAGGCCAUCAGGACCCCGCGCACAGCCAGCACCGCCAGGCCAAUCACCAGUGCAUCUGGAAGAUAUGUCCGACUGGGAACAGCCUCCAUGUUGACCAAUCCAGAUGGGGAAUUCAUAAACCUGUCAAGACUCAACUUGGCCAAGUAUGCCCAGAAGCCCAAUUUAUCCAAGACCCUGUUUGAGUACAUCUUUCAUCAUGAAAAUGAUGUGAAAAAUGCUCUAGAUCUGGCAGCUCAGGCUACCGAGCAUGCUCAGUUCAAGGACUGGUGGUGGAAAGUACAGUUGGGAAAAUGCUAUUACAGACUAGGUUUACACCGGGAGGCAGAGAAACAGUUCAGAUCAGCUCUUAACCACCAGGAGGUAGUGGAUACAUAUCUUUACCUGGCCAAGGUGUAUCAGCGACUGGAUCAACCCAUCACUGCAUUGAACCUCUUCAAGCAAGGGCUGGACCACUUCCCUGGAGAAGUUACUCUCCUUACAGGAAUCGCUCGCAUUCACGAGGAGAUGAACAACAUCAUCUCUGCCACAGAGUACUACAAAGACGUUCUGAAGCAGGACAACACUCACGUGGAGGCCAUCGCUUGCAUCGGCAGCAACCACUUCUACACUGAUCAGCCUGAGAUCGCUUUACGCUUUUACAGGCGCUUGUUACAGAUGGGGGUUUAUAACUGCCAGCUGUACAACAACCUGGGACUGUGCUGCUUCUACGCCCAGCAGUACGACAUGACGCUGUCGUCCUUUGAAAGAGCCCUGGCCCUGGUGACCAAUGACGAGGAGCUGGCGGAUGUCUGGUACAACAUCGGUCACGUCGCUGUGGGAAUAGGGGAUCUGACGUUGGCAUACCAGUGUUUUAAACUGGCUUUAGCGUUCAACAAUGACCAUGCUGAGGCCUACAAUAACCUGGCUGUGCUGGAGUUGCGCAGAGGACGUGUUGAGCAGUCGAAAGCGUUCCUGCAGACGGCUGCAUCGUUGGCGCCUCACAUGUAUGAACCUCACUUCAACUUCUCCACUCUCUCAGAGAAGAUUGGGGAUCUGCAGAGCAGCUACACGGCUGCUCUGAGGUCGGAGGACUCCUUCCCUGAGCACGUGGACACCCAGCAGAUCCUGAAACACCUGCGUCAGCACUUCGCUGUGCUGUGAGCUGCAGGGAGACCUGCCUGCCUGACAGGUUGGAGCGACAGAGAGCUCUGUACAACAAAUUGUGACCUGGCUCAAGCUACGGAAUGUCACUCAUUCACAGUCAGAGUUCUGAGAGGUAGUCUUGACAACGUAGAACUCCAACGUCACGUGGAUUAACUUGGAGAAGCUGCAUUCACAGGAAAUUAUUGUCAAGAAUGUGUUUUACUACUCUGUGGUUUUGUGUAGAUGUUUCUUGCCAGAUCAGCAGUUGCGGAAUUUGAAUUAUGACUAACCAAAAGUAAGCGGAUUGAAUUGUAUAUGAAUAUUUAUUCAUUGAAGUACAUACUGUAUAUUUGAUAGUUUAUUUUCUUAGUACUGCAAAAUGUAUUGUGAUGUGGAUAUUCAUAUUGCUAUU